CCCCACCUCUGCCGGCCCGCCCUCGGCUCCCCCACCGCGUCGAGGAGCGAUCCCGGGAACCCCACACUGGCGGGCACGGAGCGGGAGCCCCCCACCAGCUACAGCCGGGCGCCUCGAUGUGGGAGCAGAGCAGCUGCUUCCUGUGAAGGCUUGUCAGGCAGCGGGUUGGAGGCCUUGGGGCUGGAGGCAGCAGGGACUGGGAAAACCGGUUUGGGGCUAGAACAGGACCGGGGAACUACCUCUGCACAUCCUUCCUCCCCGGAACCUUUCUCCCAUCCCUUCUGCUCUUCUGCUCGCUCCGCAAUGGUUGUGAAGCCCUUCCUUAAGCCCCAGUGUGACCUUGGAGUCUUUCCCAGCUCCAGUCACCCUUCCUAUUUGGAUCUAGGGCCCAGUUCUCAGCCCUGCUUGGCUGUCAGGAUAUGGCCGUAAGUGAUCCAAUCCUGAGCCCACCUGCUGUUUUACCAGCUCCUGCCCCUCAGCUGUGGGAUUGAAGUAGUGGGCAGCGGAUUCGGGUACCUCUUCCUGGGCUUAGCAGCUCAGGACUUCAUUUUUCCUCAGCCCACUCUAGGUAUUUUAAAGAAGGGGAGUGACAGCCAAUCACUCUUCCUUCCUUCCUUCCCUGGCCUUGUUCCCCUACCCUCCUUCACCCUGCCCAGUAUUCUCCGCAUUCUGACCCCACCCCCAAGCUUUAGAGACCGUUGUGUCCUAUGUCCUGGGGAAUGGAAUUUCCUGGUCACUUCUCAUCAUCAUUGGUCAUUUCAUGCCAAGUCCCACACACACACUUUCCCUCCACCCAUUUCUGGCCAGGUCCCUGGAAAAGGAACAGACACGUCCUUGUUUCCUCCACUGCCCCUUUCCCUCUCUCUCCUCCUCCCCCUUUUCUCUCCUCUCCCCUCCCACCCUCCACUUCUGUCCACUGAGCUUUGAGCAGGGAGGUAUUGGGGAGAGUCCAGUCUCAGUACAGCCUGUCUAGUGGUGUUGGGGGUUUCCUCUGAUUCUUCAUUGUUUUCCUCCUCCCGCACCCCCCGCCUCCAACCCUGACCACCCGCCACCAUCACAGCCAACCCUGUGACUGACUUCCCCAUUGACCACAGCUCCCCUCUCUGUCCAACUGUGCUGUGACUUCCGGCCUGUACCUCCCCUCCAGUGGUGGGAAGGGAAGUAAGAGGAAACCCAGACUCCUGGGUCCUUCCCUCCUCAAGAAGCUGUAUCUCGUGUUUGUGUGAUCUCAUCUCAAGGCAGUUAAAAAAAUCCCCCUCCUUUCUUCGAUCAGUCUAGGGUGCCAGAUCCUCAGGGUUCCAGGCCUGGAGGGCAGGGAGUUUCGUAUUCACACUCAAGUGUAAUAUUCAUGAAACUGCCCCGUUUGGAAACUUCGAGGCCGCCUGUUCUAGGAUGGGGGCAGAUGUGUUUGCGGAUAGAGGAAACCUAGGUGUGCCCUAUCCUGGCUCGCAGGAAUGAAAGGUCUUCCUUGGACGCUAAUGCUAUUGGAAAGUUCCUUGUGUCUGGUUGGCUGAUGAUGCUUGGGGGUGGAAGUGGUGAGGGGGGAGGAGAGAACAGGUCACAGCGUAAAGGGAGGAGGGAGGGAGGCAAGCAGGCAGGCCCAGGGCCCUAUGAGCAGCAUGGCACGAUAGGACAUGUGAAGAGGGUGGGGAGGCUGGAAAAGAUUUCUCAUGGGGCAGCAGAUACCUGGCACAGGUACCUGCAACCUGUGCACAGAUGAGCCAUGCAAGGCACACACGGGGCUCUGGCCAUGCCACGAGUGUGCAAACAGGUGCCCACGCUGGCAGGCGUGCAAUGACACAGGACACAGAAACAGAGUGUGCACAACCUUCAGGAAGGAGCUCAAGGUCAAGUAAUAAAGGAACUGCUAAAUAUCUUUUGGGAGGGGCUGGAGCUUAGCGGAGGGAAAAGAGGCGGAACAAGGUCAGGGAAUGGAGAGGGAAGACAGCCCUAGCUGCUGCAAGUCUUCCCGGGGUCCCAGCUGCUACACUUAGUCACCUAGGCCCUAGUGGUCAAGGUCUGGAAGAAAAUGUUAGGUGUUCAGAGUCAGGUAAGGAAAGAGGGAGGGACCACAGGGUGGAGGCCUUGUUUGUGAGAACAGAAAACCACCAUUUCCUCUUCAAAGUCACUUAGUGUGCUCCUCCCCUCCUGCCCUAAACCCAGGAACAAAGGAGGUGGAGCUGGUAGCACCCCCAGACUGUGCUCAUUUCUGCUGUCCCUUGGUCCCCUCCCACCCCGUCACCCUAAAGGCUUACAGCCCCCUUCCGCUCCCUUGGUACCAGCAGCUACUGCUCCUUAACCCUUGGUGUCCUCCUCCUCUUCCUCCUGAGGGUCCAAGUGUGAGGUUCUUCUGUGUGGCGAAGGUUAGUGUUGGGUGCAGGACUAGGGCCUGUAGGGACGGCUAGAAUAUGGGCUCAUCCUUAGGCUUCUCAAGGAGGGGGUGGUUUCUCAUUAACCUGUCCUCUCUCUGCUUUCUGCUCAUUCAGGGUUCCACAGCUGAGGAAGACAUAGCCUUGGGCCCGCCCGCCCCGCCCUCUGGCCUUGGUCUGAGACACUGACCUUCACUGCUCAGCUCAGGGUUCCAGGGCCUCGCCUUUCUCUGGCCUGGUGCCCGUGCGGCCGAGUGCGCCCAGGGUGUUGUUAACACCUGAGGGAGUGAGCAGUGGACAGUCAGGGCGCCCGAGCAGGAGCCCUCUGGGGCCUCAGGCUGAGGAGUGAAACUGGAACCAGCGGGGAACAUGAGUGAAUUUUGGCACAAACUGGGCUGCUGUGUGGUAGAGAAACCCCAGCCGAAGAAGAAGAGGAGACGGAUCGACCGGACCAUGAUUGGGGAACCAAUGAAUUUUGUCCACCUGACUCACAUUGGCUCUGGGGAGAUGGGGGCUGGAGACGGACUUGCCAUGACAGGCGCAGUUCAGGAGCAGAUGAGAUCCAAGGGAAACCGAGACAGGCCAUGGAGCAAUUCUAGGGGCUUGUAGCCCCAACAGGGAUGGUUCUGCUGUCUGAAGCCUCCCUCUGUCCAGCCCAGAAGAAGUGCUGCCCCCACCAGAUCCCUCCUAGAACCAGUGCCCCCGGGGCCCCUUCUCCCCUCUCUGCCGGAUAGUGCCUCAAAAGGCUUGGGGGCUGGUCUCCCUUUACUCCCUCUGGCUGUAGCCCCUCCUGGAGAUGGGGUGAAGGCAGCAGGACUGACCAAGCGACUACUGGUUGGCCAGAGGGGCGCAGCUGAAGCCCUGGACACUCUCAGAUCUGACAUGGGCGUUUCUGGGAACCUGGAAUGAGUUCCCUGCUCCUGAAUGACGGUCUAGGUGCCACCUGUUUUUAAACUCUUAACCUGGAGCUCCUUAAGUGGCAGGUGGGAGAGGUUCCCAGAGCUGAGACUGGCUUUGCCGAGCAGCUCCUGCCUCCCUGCCCUCGCCUCCUCCCUCCCGGAAUGCACUGACGCCGAUGUCGGCAGGGGCUGGGAGGGUGACCACUGCCUGGGCGACUCUCUCUCCAUCUCAGACCUUAUGCUCACCGCUCAUCAGUAUCUCUCUGCCAGAACCAGCGUCUUUCUUUAGUUAGGCCUCUAUCCCUGUUUCUGUAGCAUUGCUAGCUCCCCAGCACCUUUCCCUUUUUUUAAAUUAAUUAAAGAUUUAACUUAA